AUGGACGUGUGGUUGUUCCGGAAUCGUGUGCGUUGGCGUCGUUUGUGGCGUGUGGUUUGGGGUAUCGCGUUCACAGCGUUGGGCUGUGGCUGGAGUUUGCCUUGGUUGUUGCGUUGGGGGGCAGCGUGGUCAUGGGGCGGAGCUUCGAAUUGGGCCGUGGACCUGGAGGUUUUGACAGUGCCGAUACACCUGUUGUUGUUGCUGGCGGCGCCGGCGUUAACGUAUUCUCGUCUCGGUGCGACUGUGGUUAGUGUGGCCUGUGCCGCCGCGCACGCCGUCGCCUGGACGCUACUACACAACCUCCGUGCGCGCACUCUCUGCCAAACCCUCCUGAUCCUCAGCACCGGACUCGGACUUCCCGCCCUUACCGCUUUCUCGCCGAACAACUUGCUUCGCUUCCUACUGGGUGCCCAGUCUUUCGCACUCGUACUUCAAGACACUCGCAUACGCAACUGGCUCACCGCCGGCACCACAUUGGGAAUGGGCGUGAGUACCGACGCACGGGGGCCAACCGACCCCGCGGAGGCGUGGUUGCAGGGGGUGAAGCGAGUGCGGGUGGUGCCUACUCAGUUGGUGGUGUCGGACGUGUGUCUCGUUACGGCAUUGCUGGCCGCCAACCACUACGCUCCGUUUCUACGUCGCCCACCGCGAAUGCAACUACUGACACGUCUACUGCUUCCAGCCGCCUUCGAACCCGCCGCUAGUUGGUGGACCGGCAUUCCGCCACUCGCCUGUCACACACCACGAUGCGGAGCCUGCAGCACACGCGCCGCUCUCUACGCAAGCCAAUAUCUCGUCCUCUUCCUCUUCUAUUUAGGCGCUAUACACGCCGCCAUUCUCGCUACUCUAGACAACCACCUCAUCCUCACCACCCCCGGACUACUUCUCGCCAAAAGCGACGCGGUGGUGGUUGGGACUUUGCCGGAGACGAUUGCCAGUGCGGUGGCGUCGCUUGGACUUCGCGGGAAUGCGCAGCGACGCGUGGUGGCGGAGUUGUUGUUUGCUGCAACGGUUGCGAUUUGGGUGAUGAGUGUCGUGCAGUUGCGUCUCGAUUUAUCGCGACAUCUGAUUGCUGCGAUCCUGGCUUCUGUAGGCUUUAUCUUCCCACUGACUCUUAAUACGAAUCGUCUUGGUACCUACAAACCCCGGGCUCGAAACGCACCAGGCGACAAUCGUAGAUCCACCUCUUCCGUCACUGACGCCUGGUGGGCCAGCAGACCACCACCCUUGUCGGAAUCCGACGACCCCGCGUUCGAAGACGACCCCGCCCAAAACGACGAAGAACAAGACCACAGUCGGGACUCACACCAGGACGGUCGAGACCAGGACCCACAGCAUAACGGCGACAGCCGCGGAGCUGCAGCUGGACGUCAGAUCCUGGACAAGGCAAUUGGGAAUCGUGUAUUGGUAUUGUUGUUGCGUGGUGACCAUGAGAUCGAGGGACUGCUCCGAGGUUUCGAUGACUUCAUGAACUUGAUCCUUGAAGACUGCACUGAGUGUCUAUGGAUUAAUGACACCCCUAGCAAAAACCCGAAACUGAAUUCACCUCAACAGGUAAGGAAGGAGGGUGGGGUAGGGUAA